AGUUACAAUACUAGUUUUAGUUGGCGCCAGUGUAAGAUAGCAAAACUAUUGCAUAGCAACAACUUAGCAAAUAUAUAUAAGAGAUAAAAAAAUGUGAAAAUGAAAGUUUUAAUUAUAUUAACGUUAUUUGAAGUAAUAUACGUGACCGGUAGCAGUAAUAAAAUAUUGUAUACGAGUUUCGGACAAAUAACAAGAAUAGCACGAGCCGAUGAAUCGGAAAAUCCGUGUAACGAUACCACACCUCCUAAGCCUGACUUCUCAGCGCCUGGUCGAAGAAUUAGCGAAGCAAAAUGUUACGAAUACAUGUGGGAGAUAAAGAAAAGACAGGACGACAUAACGCGAACUACUAAAUGUUUCGAGUGGAUAAGAACGCAUCAACAUGGUAGACCUACCGUUCAUUAUGCUGUUGGUGGUCGACCCACAACGCCAGGUGAAUUUCCCCAUAUGGGUGCUGUAGGAUGGAAAGCUGCGGUCGGAACCUGGAUAUUUAAAUGCGGCAGUUCCUUAAUCAGUUCGAAAUUCCUGCUCACUGCUGCUCACUGCUCUAAAGUAUCUCCACGUGACACCAGUGUUGCGAACCCUGAACCGGAAAUCGUAAGACUAGGUGAUAAGAAUAUUGCUGAUGUUUUUUCAAAUGGCGUCUACCCACAAGAUGUGAAAAUCAAAAGAAUUGUAACACACCCGAACUUCAGUCCGCCCAAGAAAUACUUUGAUAUUGCAAUUAUUGAGGUAACGACUGAGGUUAUAUUCACAAAGCUAGUUCAACCAGCUUGUCUAUGGACCAACUACGAUACAAGCCAACUUGGAACAAAGGCGACACUUACAGGAUGGGGUGUCAUAGAAUCAGGUGGAAGAAAGACAUCCCCAGAGUUACAAGCAGCGGAUGUUGACAUUAUUGAUUCAGAUGAAUGUCAAAGUUUACUUCGACUCUAUUUUAAUCGCCUCUGGAGGGGGGUAGACUUGCAUCAGCUUUGUGCUGGAAAAUUAGCAGGAGGUGUUGACGCAUGUCAGGGGGACUCAGGUGGACCUCUGCAGGUAAAGAUACCUUUACCAGUAACGUCACAAGGAUCAAUGCAUUACAUCAUUGGAAUUACAUCCUUUGGUGCUGGCUGUGCACAGAAAAACAUUCCUGGAAUAUACACAAGGGUCGCCAGCUUCAUUGACUGGAUAGAAGAUGUGGUCUGGAGAGGGUUAUGAUUAAAACUACAUUUAUAUAAUAAAAACGUUUUGAAUCAGUUAUAUUUGUUAGUUAGUUAAAUUAUUUUUUCUUUCCUUCUCUUUCUCUUGUAACCCGACUACCACUAAUAAAAUCACAAUCUCCCUCUUAAAAAGUGAUGGUAUCUCUUUAGCUACCGUGGUUUCCGUAACAUUACUGUUCUAUACGUUAUUUUCUAUACAUAUUAUGUAUUUCAAACAUUUGUAUAAAUUCCGGGUACGAUAAACUAGUACAAGAGUACAAAUUUCAGUUUAUUUGUUGUAACGACCUACCUAACCCUCAAAUAUUUCGUAAUAUUUGCACUGUUUUGAAUGAUCAAUGUGAAUUUGUAUCCAACAUUUAAAAACAAUUUUCCUUAAAGAAACCGGUCCAUUGUGAGUAACAACUUGUACAGUACAGUAUUGCGUCAAAUAUGUAUUAUUAGUAUUAACCAACUACGACAUUAUUUAGCCAAUAGGAGACAAAAUGAAGAAGAAAAAACACAUAACGAUGGUUUCUUUAGACAUAGAGGAGACCUUUGUCAGUGCCUGGUGGCCGAUACUUUGGCACCAACUUUUGGAAAAAAGUGAUCAUGGUAUUUGUCGCAGAUCGGCACUUGAAAUGAAACGGCAUGCAAUUGCUGCUCUUGCCUAUGUUAUAGUCUGAGGUACCAAAACUAGACUCAAAUUCUUCCAAAAAAACUUGCUUUGUUUCUGAAUAGUCAAUUUUUCAUAUCCAAUAUAUACUGGAAAGCAAAAAAAAUCGUCUGUGAAGUCGGUUAACUGACGACA